AUGGUAUUGGCCUUUGCACAUUCUUUACACCUUUUAUUAAGGCCUAAUAGUAAAUAUUCUUAUGAUCAGCCAAGUUUUACUAAUGAUGCUAAUAAUCCUUGGAAUCUUGUUUCGACAUAUAAAUUUAUUUCACUUAAUGGUACUGUUGGAGAAUGGUCACUUAUUGAAACACCAGAUGAUAAUACAAAUUUAUUUUCAGUGCUUA